AAAAAAUAAAACUACUCGUCUUCCCCAAGCGCGUUUCAUCCUGAACUCCGCAACAAUUUAGAAACCACAAGAUUUCUCCUUUUUAACACUAAAUUCUGAAGCCCUAAUAGUCCCAAUUUCAUAUUCAAAAGCAACAAUUUACCCACAUGUACCAUAGACAAGAGCUACAACAGCCACCAUCUUUCACAUACUUGUCUCAUCACCCCACAAUUCAUAAUCUGGACCCUAACUCUAACCCUAACGCUAACCCUAAUCUUCAUUAUUCUUAUCCUCAGUCAGUGCUUCAGCUUCCGGGCCCUACAGUUCACCCGCCCGGAACCGAUCCGGGUCUGUAUCCGUUAACUCAUGUUGGAUUUGAGGGUCAAUCCCAGUAUUAUGAGGACCCAAAUGUGGGUUCUUCCACUUGGGUCACUAGGCAGGCUGAUCCCGUGAGAUAUGAAUCUGGGUUGUCAGUGUCCACGACUCUGAAUUCAUUAGGGAACAGCUGUUGGACAAAUCAAUCUUUGGUCAGUGAUGUCACAAAUAGCAUACCAAACACUAGCAAGAGCAUUCAGCCCAUGCGGUGUGAGGUUUGCAAGAUUGAUUGUAAUAGCAAAGAUGUUUAUGAGAAACAUGUAUCUGGAAAGAAACACCAGAAAAAUUUGCAAAGCCAACUUAAUCCCAAUUCUGCAACAUUAAAAAAAUCUUACAGUACUGCACAAAUGACAUUUGGGGCCUCAGGUGUGGUUGCUGCUCAGGAGUUGGAGAAAAAGAAGCAAAAGCUUCUAAAUGGUGGGGCAGCAGGCGACUCUGUGAUGGUUUGUACAGUAUGCAAUAUUGCUUGCAAUGGUGAGGAAAUGUUCAAGAAACAUCUUUAUGGGAAAAAACAUGCUGCUCAGGCUGGCUUAAUGUCUUUAAAUGGGGUUGGGCAAUAUUUUGCAGAAAUUAAGGCUCAGAAUAAUAGCUUUUGGAAUAAAUUCACAAAAAAGACCAAGUUGGUUCAAUCUGCAUGGUGCGAAGUUUGCAAAAUCAGUUGUAACAGCAAUGAUGUGUAUGUCAAGCACUUACAGGGGAAAAAACACCAGAAGAAUCUAGAAAAUUUGGAAAAAUCUAAGAAUGGUACCAGUGCCUCUGCUUCAAUUGCCCCACCAGCUGCAACUAAUCUAAUAAUUGGUCCAGUUGAAAAUUCGGAGGUCAAUAAGAGCACGAUUGUUGAUUCACAAAAUUUACCAAAGAGGCCCGCCAAAUCAUUGUCAACAAAAGAAGAUCUCGAGAAAAAGAAACGGAAAGUUUUGGAAGGCGGAGCUGCAGCAAUGGCUGUUCGAGUAUGCACUAUAUGCAACGUUGUAUGCAACAGCGAGACAGUUUACAGUUAUCAUCUUGCUGGCCAGAAGCAUGCUGCCAUGCUAAAGAAUCAGGGAUAAACAAGUGCUCCACAAAUGGUUUGUCCAAGCCAUAGAAUAUAUAAAUUGAGAAGUACAGGAAGUUACCCAACAUUGUGAAUUCCCUUUUCCAUUUCUUUUCUGGGUUAUGUUUCUUAGAAUUUUGAAUGUGCUGAAUUGUCAUGGUUAUGGCAUUAUGACUAAGAGAAAAGGACAGAACAAAAAGGAAAAUUGGUUCAUGCAUAAAACCCUUUUUUAAUCUUAAAACAGGAUAUUAUUCCCUAUA